UUACCGCUAUGGGGAUAUUUCGCUUUGUUAGUGACGCUUUUGGUCGCAUUUGCCGGUCUGACGUUGAACCCUCCGGCAUUAAAUAUUCAAUAUCCAAAGAACACCGCAUCUUCCAACACAAAUUCUUCAUCCUCUCCUAUUUCAAGCACGUAUUUAAAUAAAUUUAAUCAUCCCAUAAUAAAGCCCAUUAGACUUCCACCUCCUCUGGAGAAUAGUUCAUCGACUUUGCCGAAAAUAUUCAAGACGAGUUAUUCGACAAUUAGAUAUCUGAUCUUAUUUACUUUGGUGGUGAUCUUUCUGAUGAUUCCCGUGGUUUUCAGAAAAGAUGUAGGAUGCAAGUAUCAAGAAUCGGUUGGAUUGCUGGUGACCAUUUUGUCGUUGAAAAUGUUGAUGUGGUUGAAGAAGUGUUGGCAAACAGAUGUGAUUCAAUCUUCACUCGAAAUUUCAGAGAAUGCGCGGAUCAGAGAUCACUAUAAAAAUACCAAGAAGAAUAUUGAUCAGAAUACACAACAAGAUAAAUUGUCGAUUGACCAUGAAAAAUUGGAUUCUCAGAGAGUGGCACCUUUCAUUAGGACAUUGUUUUAUUGGCGUCAAUAUCCUGGAUUAGACACAUUCACGUUAAAACCAAAAAACCAACAUUGUUGCUCAUCACCGCUACUAUCACCACUCGCGAAGUCAAAUUUUACACAAAAUCAACCAUCUCCAAUUCAGCUUGUGCAACUACCAACACCCCCGCCAGAACUAGAUCAAUUACAAGAAGUUUCGAACGAAUCACCUCAGCAGCCAAUGUUGAUGAUUUCCAAAAAACAAAUUUUUACUUUUCUUAAAAAACGUGUUCUGAUAUGGUUAAUGAAGUUGAUCGGGCACGGACUUUUGAUAAAAUUCUUGAUCAAUUAUGUUCCUUAUUUGUCAUCAACCUCUUAUUCCUCAAGAUUAGUUGGAUUUUUCACCACCGGAAAAUCACCUAUUACCGCCCCAUUUGAGCUGUUAUUGAUAAUGUUGGUUAGUGACAAUGUAAGAGACAUCGGAGAAGAUGAGAACGAAAGUGAAAAUUUGAACACAUCAUUCAUCUUGUUGUUACUCUCGAAUCUGGGAUUAACCACUCCACGAAUAAAGACAAUCAAACAAUGGUUAAUAUCUUUAAUAUUUCAUACUCCGCAUUUAUUUGAGAUUCCAUAUUUAUCUAGGAAUCCAAGAGAUUUGUGGUCGUACAGAUGGCAUCAAAGUUUUCAUGAGUUGUUCAAAGAAAUGGCUUACUACCCUGUGAAGGCGUUUGUCGACGGGAUACUAGGAGUUGUGGUUGGGAUAAUCAAGUAUGUUCUGGGAAUAUUUUUGAUGCUUGGUAGUUUCGUGGGCGGAAGAGAUGACUUUGAAGAGUAUGAAGAGGUUAAAAGUUCAAAAAACACGUUACAACAUUGGGCUGCACAUAUCAUGGGAACGAUGAGUGUUUUCGCACUUAGCGGACUAUUAAAUGAGUAUAUAGUAUUUGUGAGUUCGGCUAAUGGUUCAUUUGGAAAAGAACAAUUUUGGUUUUUCAUAGUUCACGGGGUGAUAUUUGUUCUCUGGGAAACGAUCUUUGGUUCAAUUAAUUUUAGUGGUGAGCUAAGAGGUAGUAUAAGUGAUGAAACACAAAAUAACAAUGAUGAUGACGAAAACGUUGGGGUGACGGAGAAUAUUGUCCUCAAGUCGGUAAAGAACGUUGCAAAGUGGCUAAUAUGGAAUUCCAUUAUACUAAUAACAAUACCGUUAUUUAUUGAGCCGUUGAUUAGACUUGAGCAUUUCAAUUGCGUGAUCCAUGUUAAUAGCGAUUUAAUUUGGUAG